AUGAAGAUAAUAUUUGCUGCUUCUACUGUUGCACUUCAAACUCCUCCUCAGUUGAUUCACAGCAGCUUAACACCAACUUUAAAGCCAGGAACAAGGCACAGUACCAGAACACAAUCUCUGCUAGAGCUGUCGAUGGAUGAAUGCGGCCUGACAUGUUAUGCUUUAAAUUCAACUCUUUCUCGAAUUCGCAGCGACAAUUGUUCUCUCUCUGUCUCUCUCUAUAGCAAAUUCUCUGAUCAGACGUCAGAAGAGUUAUUUAAAGAUGAAGUAGACAAGUGCAUCAUCUCAGCUCUCCAGCACGUCAUCAGCAACACAGAAGCUGCAGCCCCGCCCACGGCCCCCGCCCACCAACAGCAACCAACUGUUAUGCCUGAAUUUGAGGGCGUCACCUCAUUAUCCCAAUCCUCGGCGACUGCAAGCAGUGGCCUUGGCAGCAGCAGCACUGGAACCAUGAUGGAGGACAAUGAUGAUCAGAGUCGUAACGACGAGAAGCAAAAGCAAAAGAACAAGAAAAAGAAGAAGAAGAAGAGGGAAGUUGAGCUGGAUGGGGAAAAGAGAGUACAUUUCAAAGGGGUGAGACAAAGGUCAGCGGGAAAAUGGGUAGCGGAGAUUAGAGACCCGCAUCAAGGUCGAAGUGUAUGGCUAGGCACAUUUACCUCAGCAGAGGAGGCAGCCAGAGCUUACGACGGGAAAUGCAUCCAGUUUAGAGGAGAUCGAGCUAAGACUAAUUUCCCAUCCUCAGACUAUGCUAAUGCUAAUGAUGAUCAGUCGUCAGGCUCGCAACAACAACAGCAAGAAGGAGAUGCACCUCCUCCAGCAGCAGCACUGCUAUCCGUCAAUGCGCCUGCGGUGUAUACCAGUCCACUAAUAACUAAAACUACCGCCAGUGCAAGUACAACAAACAGUACUACAACUGCUGCAGAUGCUGGAGCUACAAGUUGGGAAGAAGAUGAAGACUUUUGGGAUCUGUUUCAGAUACUUUCCGACACAGACUGGACGAUGUUGGAUUCUCCGCCGCCAUCGGGACCUUAA